AUGCAUGCCAGAAACCCCCAUUCUCCUUUUCAAAGACUACAUAUGAUGGAUUGCGAUCUUUCAGCUCAGCAGGACACAGGGACCAUGCAAGCUGUAAUUGGUCAGGAUCCAAUGAUAGCUGGACAAGUCAGUAAGCCCUUGCUGUCACUGCAGAGUGAAAUGAAUGCAGAGUUGAGAGGUGAGGACAAGGCAGCUACUUCAGACAACGAGCUGAAUGAGCCCCUGCUUGCGCCUGUGGAAUCAAAUGACAGCGAGGACACUCCCAGCAAGCUCUUCGAGGCCAGAGGAAACACAGUGCUGCCUGACACGAGCCCAGCAGACCAGCACCAACCCAGUCAGUCCCAUCCUGCAUUCCCUGUUGGGCCUCAGCCACUCCUGACAGCCCAACAGUUAGCCUCAGCAGUAGCGGGGGUGAUGCCAGGAGGCACUCCAGCCCUGAAUCAGCCGAUCCUUAUUCCUUUCAACAUGGCUGGGCAGCUGGGGGGCCAACAAGGACUCGUCCUAACUCUACCCACCGCGAAUCUCACCAACAUCCAAGGGCUGGUAGCAGCAGCUGCAGCAGGAGGCAUCAUGACUUUGCCAUUGCAAAAUCUACAAGCUACCUCAUCCCUGAACUCCCAGCUUCAACAGCUUCAGCAUCUUCAGCAGCUUCAGCAUCAACAGCAGCAGCAGCAAAGCCAGCAGCAGCAGCAAGGUCAGCAGGCACAGACUCCACAGCCACCCCAGCAGCCACAGCCACAGCCGUCAGCACCACCGCAGCAGAACCAAACGCAGUCCCAGAGCCAGAGCCAGCCGCCUCUGGCCCCACAGUCCUCCAGCUCCCCUCAGAAACCCAGCCAGUCACCAGGGCAUGGCCUUCCAUCUCCUCUUACUUCACCAAAUCCGUUGCAGCUGGUUAAUAAUCCACUAGCAAGUCAAGCAGCAGCGGCUGCAGCAGCAGCAGCCAUGGGCUCAAUAGCGAGCUCCCAGGCCUUUGGCAAUGCCCUCUCCAGUCUUCAGGGGGUCACAGGUCAACUCGUCACUAAUGCACAAGGACAGAUUAUUGGAACAAUCCCACUGAUGCCUAACCCAGUCCCCUCCAGCCACGCGGCAGGUGGAGCUCAGGGACUUCAGGUGCAGCCGAUAACUCCACAGUUAUUGACCAAUGCCCAGGGUCAGAUCAUCGCUACCGUCAUCGGCAACCAGAUACUCCCAGUGAUCAAUACCCAGGGAAUAACACUAUCACCGCUCAAACCAGGCCAGCAGCUCCAUCAGCCCUCCCAGACGCAAGUGGGACAAGCAGCCUCACAAUCCAAUCUUCUGCAUUUGGCUCACAGUCAAGCAUCUAUGUCUCAAAGCCCAGUGCGUCAGGCUUCCUCUUCUUCCUCCUCAUCCUCCUCCUCUUCAGCUUUGAGUGUUGGCCAGUUAGUCAGCAAUCCUCAGACAGCCACGGGAGAGGUGGAUGGGGUGAAUCUGGAAGAAAUCCGAGAGUUUGCCAAAGCUUUUAAAAUCCGGCGCCUGUCCCUUGGCCUGACGCAGACUCAAGUUGGCCAAGCCCUAAGCGCCACAGAAGGCCCAGCCUAUAGCCAGUCUGCCAUCUGCAGACACACCAUCCUGAGAAGCCACUUUUUCCUACCACAGGAAGCCCAAGAGAACACUAUAGCUAGCAGUCUGACAGCCAAACUGAACCCUGGCCUUUUGUAUCCUGCCAGGUUUGAAAAGCUGGACAUCACCCCUAAAAGUGCCCAGAAGAUAAAGCCGGUGCUUGAGCGGUGGAUGGCUGAGGCUGAGGCCCGCCAUCGAGCAGGUAUGCAGAACCUUACCGAGUUUAUUGGAAGCGAACCAUCCAAAAAGCGCAAGAGGCGCACCUCAUUCACGCCACAAGCCCUUGAAAUCUUGAAUGCCCACUUUGAGAAGAACACGCACCCCUCUGGGCAAGAAAUGACAGAGAUUGCAGAGAAACUGAACUAUGACCGGGAAGUAGUUAGAGUUUGGUUCUGCAAUAAGAGGCAAGCACUGAAGAACACAAUUAAACGUUUGAAACAACACGAGCCCGCGACGGCAGUUCCUAUGGAGCCUUUAACAGACUCUCUGGAAGAAAACUCCUAAAAACAAAACUAAACCAAACCACACACAAAACAAAACCCCUGCACCAACAGAAACGUAACCAUUUGAACUCUGUGAAAAUACCUGUUCAUCACCCUU